UGUUUCUAGAAAUGGUUGACAAGCAAGAUAAAUUGCUUCCAAUAGCCAAUGUAGGGCGGAUCAUGAAGCGCAUCCUCCCCCAGAAUGCCAAAAUUUCCAAAGAAGCUAAAGAAACAAUGCAAGAAUGUGUCUCAGAAUUUAUAAGUUUUGUAAGCUCUGAAGCAUCGGACAAAUGUAACAAGGAGAAUCGAAAGACAGUGAAUGGAGAUGACAUUUGUUGGGCUCUUAGUACAUUAGGAUUUGAUAACUUCUCCGAGGUUAUGUCGAGGUACUUGCACAAGUUUAGGGAGUUUGAAAGACAGAAAGCUGAACAAAAGAAAGCCUCAAGUAGUGAAGAAAAAGAUGGAGUCAACAGCAAUGGGUUCGGCCUGAAGCCCAAAUCUUCUGCCCUAUUAGAGUUAGGAAUUCUUGAGAAGGGCGGAAGCUCAUCUGCUAAACCGAAGUAAGAGUUGAGUAAAUAUUGUACAAGAUUUUAACGGGCCCUUAAAUGAACUGUGACAAGUAUUUUGAAGGUGAUUUUUCAAACUUUUCAUUGAUGAAUGAAUCCUCUUUUUCUUGCAACUUUUGGA